ACAAAUAACCUGAGUUCAAUUGUUUGUCACCAUUACAAGAACAAAUAACCUCAGUUCAAGAAAAUCUCAUACCCAAAAACAUAAUGUCCAUAUCAACCCAAAUUAACUUCUGCAUCCUCACAAUCCUCAUCUUCAGUUUUCCCUUCUAUGGAGAAUCCCAAACCAGUAGUAUCAAUCCAGAAAGAUCAAUUCUUCUUGAUUUAAAGAAGCACUUCUCAAAUCCACCAAACAUCUCCCACUGGAAGUCAUCAUCAGAUCAUUGUACCUGGCCGGAAAUUACCUGCAGAGAUGGAAUAGUCACCGGAAUUCAGCUUGUUUGGCUACUAAUCAGUGAUACAAUCCCACCCUUCAUUUGUCACCUGAAAAAUCUGACUUUUCUUGAUCUCAACCACAACUAUAUCCCGGGAUCAUUUCCUACACUUCUCUACAAUUGUUCUAAUCUUGAAUACUUGGACCUUUCUUUUAACAACUUCAGUGGCAUCAUCCCUGAUGAUAUUAGCCGGCUUUCGCCUCAUCUUGAGGUUUUUAAUCUUUCUUCUAACUGGUUCGUGGGCAGAAUUCCAGCUGGAAUUUCAGGCCUGAAAGGGCUAAAAGAACUUCAGCUAGCUGGAGUGGUUUCAAAUGGUUCUUUCCCUUCAGAGAUUGGCAACCUCCCGAAUCUUGAAGUUCUUGUUCUGAGCCAGAAUAGUUUCACACCACAGGAAAUCCCACCGAGUUUUACACAGUUGAAGAAACUGAGAAACUUGUCGAUAAAUCAGGCAAAUCUGAUUGGAGAAAUCCCUGCAAAUAUCAGUAACAUGACAGCCCUUGAAUUCUUAGACUUAUCAGUGAAUAACAUAAGUGGAAGCAUCCCAGUAGGUCUUGGUAGGUUACCGGCGUUGAGGGAUGUUUGCUUAUACACUAACAAUCUUUCAGGUGAAAUCCCAAUGGUCUUUGGCCAAUUUUCAAAGCUUAAUACUUUCGAUGUAUCUACAAACCAUCUUACAGGAUCACUACCAGAGGGUUUGUGUUCUAACAAGGUAUUGUCUAGUUUGAUUGUCUUUAACAACAAUCUCACAGGUCAGCUGCCAAAAUCACUUGAGGAUUGCAACACCUUGAAAGGAGUCAGGGUUGAGAGAAACAAUCUUUCUGGUACAAUUCCUGAAGGUUUGUGGACAGCAAGGAAUUUGAACAGGUUGUUGAUGAACAAUAACCAAUUCACUGGUCAGCUUCCACAGAAAGUGGCAUCAAAUUUAUCUCUGGUUGAUAUCAGCAACAACAGGUUUUCAGGUGAAAUUCCAACUGGGAUUUCUUCUUGGAGCAAUCUUGGUGUCUUCAGGGCAAGCAAUAAUCUUUUUACUGGUAACAUCCCUCAACAACUCACAGCUCUUCGAUUUUUAUCAACUCUUUUGCUUGAUAGGAAUCGGCUUUCCGGAAAUUUUGUAUCAAAUAUUACCUCUUGGAAGUCAUUGGACACAUUGAAUUGCAGCAGAAAUCAGCUUUCUGGCAAUAUCCCUCCAGAACUUGGCCUUUUACCAAACCUUGUUCAGUUAGACCUGUCUGAAAAUCAAUUCUCUGGAGAAAUCCCAUCUGAAAUAGGACGGUUAAGGCUAUCAGCACUCAAUCUGUCUUCUAAUCACCUUUCGGGCAAAAUCCCAGAAGAACUAGAAGUUGCAGCUUUUAACAAGAGCUUCUUGAAUAAUCCCAAUCUUUGUGCUGAUACCCCCUCAUUACACCUCAGGGAUUGCAAGUCAAACAAUAAAAGUUCGGGCGAAGUUUCAGUCAAACUUAUUGCUAUUCUUGGAACUAUAGGGGUAUUCUUACUUCUAGUGGCCAUUCUGUAUAUAUGGUAUUCCUUCAGAAGUCACAGAAAAAGGAAGAAGAAAAGAUUGGUUCCAAAUUGGAAGCUCACAGCAUUCCACACAAUAAGCUUCACAGAGUCAAACAUUUUACCAAAUUUAGCAGAAAACAAUGUGGUUGGUACUGGGGGAUCAGGGAUAGUGUAUGUGGUGCCAAUAGGUAAGUCCUCUGGUGAAAACGUUGCGGUGAAGAGGAUUUGGAACAGCCAAAAGUUGGACGAGAAGCUUGAGAAGGAAUUUAUAGCAGAAGUUGAGACACUGGGCACAAUUCGCCACACCAACAUAGUGAAGCUCCUAUGUUGCAUCUCAAGUGAAGAAUCAAAGCUGCUUGUAUACGAAUACAUGGAAAAUCACAGCCUGGAUCUAUGGCUUCACCCAAAGAGAAGAUCAGCUGGCAAUUCGGGUUCAUUUCAAAGACAAUUAAUCCUUGAUUGGCCUAAAAGGAUUCGUGUCGCGAUUGGAACUGCUAAGGGGCUCUGCUAUAUGCAUCACAACUGCUCGCCACCCAUUGUUCAUAGAGAUGUGAAAUCCAGCAAUAUUCUUCUGGACUCUGAGUUCAAUGCCAAAAUUGCAGAUUUUGGCCUAGCCAGAAUGUUGAACAAGCAUGGACAGCCCAACAUAGUUUCAGCAGUUGCUGGUUCUUUUGGCUAUAUAGCUCCUGAGUAUGCACAUACAAGAAAAGUAAAUCAGAAGACUGAUGUGUACAGCUUCGGAGUGAUCCUUUUGGAACUGGCGACAGGAAGGGGGCCAACUGAUGGAGAUGAUGACAGGAGCUUGGCGGAUUGGGCACGGUACCACUUCCAAGAAGGAAAUCCCAUUGAGGAUGCUCUAGAUGAGACAAUCAAGGAGCCAAAGUACUUGGAUGAGAUGCGUAGUAUGUUCAGACUAGGGAUCUUAUGUGCUGCUACAAAUCCUUCAGAAAGACCCACCAUGAGAGAGGUGGUGCACAUCCUGGUGCAUUGCAGCAAUAAACUGUUGCCUGAUAGGAACAGGAUAAGUCGAAGCAAGAGCGAGGCUUCAUCACUGCUCAAAGCAUUCAAAGGUGGAGAUAAUGGUUUAAUGCCGUUUCAUGAAGUUUGAAUAAAGAUUGAACAAAUGAGAGCACCAUGGGCAACUCCAAAUUGUUCAAGCCUUCAAGAGUUGCUCUCCGUGAUUCAAAGUUCCUAAACCCUAGGUUGAAAGGGGACUGAACUCUCACUCAAGGACUAGGCCAAAAGAAAAGACGCGAACACAUUCCCCUUUCUUCGUUUCAGACUUCAUCCACCGCCGUCGCACUCCCAUCGCCACCCGUCACCUACGAGCCUCGCCACCGCCGCCGCCUACGGGCAUCGCUACCGCCGCCACUCAGCCACCACCACAGCAUCGUUCGAACGCCGCCACCGCUGCUAGAAGGCCACCAACGCUGCUGCAACACCUCCACCUCUGCUGCAACACCUCAGUCGCUGCCUAGGUGAUUAGUUUGAUUCGAGAUUUGUUUAUCGACGUGGACAAAUAUUUGUUGAGAUUGACUUGUCAGAGAUAAAAGUUGGAUGAAUGCUUCUCGGAUUAGUAAGGAAUAUGAUGACGAAGUUAAAGAAUUUUUGGACUUGUCAAAACGUCAUAUGACACAGUGAAGGGGGGGGGGGGGAGGAACUAGUACAUCUAACAUUUAUGUUGACAGCGAAGCAAAUGAAGAUGAUGAGUAUGAAGAUCGGUUGAAUGAAAUGUUUCACGAUGUUGGAGAAGAGUUCACCGAUCGAUCAAAUUAGUUGGAUGAAUUAUUAAGUGAUUCAAAACAACCUUUAUGGCCAGGGUGUAGUAAAUAUACUCGGUUAUCUGCUGUUUUGAAAUUAUCUAACUUAAAAGCUGGAAAUGGAUUGAGCGACAAGAGUUUUACAGCUUUACUUGGGUUAUUAAAAGAUAUGUUUCUAGAACAUAAUGAACUUCCGAAGAGUACAUAUCAUGCCAAGAAAAUUUUGUGUCCCAUGGGUAUGGAGUAUAAAAAGAUACAUGAUUGUCCUAACGAUUGCAUAUUGUUUAGGAAUGAUUACAAAGAAUUGCAUGCAUGCCCAAUUUGUGGGGCAUCUCGGUACAAAACAAGAGAGCAUGUUAUUGGUAAGGCAAGUUUGAAAGGGCCAUCGGUUAAAGUUUUGUGGUAUCUCCCAAUUCUUCCAAGAUUUAAGCGUAUGUUUGCAAAUCCAAGUGACGCGAAAAACUUAACAUGGCAUGCAGAUAAAAAAAUAUAUGAUAGCAAGCUUCGGCACCCUGCUGAUUCUCCACAAUGGAAAACCUUUGAUAAUGCUUUUCUUGAAUUUGGCCAUGAGUAUAGAAGUCUUAGACUUGGACUUUGUACUGAUGGUAUGAACCCUCACAGAAACAUAAGUAGUAAGCAUAUCUCGUGGACAGUAAUGUUGGUGAUUUAUAACCUGCAUCCUUGGUUGUGUAUGAAACGCAAAUAUAUAUUAUUGUGUUUGAUGAUAUCUGGGCCAAAACAACCAUGUAAUGAUAUAGAUGUCUUUUUGGCACCUUUGGUUGAAGACUUGAAAAAAUUGUGGGAUGAAGGUGUGCUAGUGUUUGAUGCAUACCGGAAAGAGAAUUUUAAGUUGCAAGCUAUGCUUUUCUGCACAAUAAAUGACUUUUCAGCUUAUGGAAACCUGUAUGGGUAUAGUGUCAAAGGACAUAAGGCAUGCCCUAUUUGUGAAGAUAAUAUAUGCUAUUAUCAACUUGUUCAUGGUAGAAAUACAAUUUACAUUGGUCACUAGAGGUUUCUUGAUAGAUUUCACCUUAUAUGAGAUUAAAAAAGGCUUUUUGCUUUCACCUUCGCUCCACGCCAAGGGGAUAAGAAGACAUAUUUGCUUCCAGCUGCUCAUACCUUAUCAAGAAGGGAGAAAAUAAGUUUUUAUGAGUAUUUACGUGGAAUGAAGGUACUGCAAUGGUAUUCAUCAAAUAUCAGAACACUUUUGAAUAUGAAAGAUUUAAAAUUGGUGGGGUUGAAAUCUAAUGAUUGCCAUGCCUUAAUGCAACAACUAUUGCCAGUGGCUGUUAGAUGUAUAUUGCCUAAAAAGUUGAGAUAUACUAUUAUAAGGCUUUGUUUAUUUUUCAAUGUUAUCUAUGGAAAAGUUAUUGAUCCAGACAAAUUAGAUUAAUUGGAAAAUGACAUUAUUGUUACAUUGUGUCAACUAGAGAUGCACUUUCCAUCUUCAUUUUUUGAUAUCAUGGUUCAUUUGCUUGUACAUUUGGUAAGAGAGAUAAGACAGUGCGGUCGUGCUUAUUUGAGGUGGAUGUACCCAUUUGAGCGGUACAUGAAAGUGUUAAAAGGUUAUGUGAGGAACCGAUGUAGACCAGAAGCAUCUAUUGUUGAAAGCUAUAUUGUUAAGGAGGUUACUGAAUUUUGUACUGAAUACUUGGUGGGGGUAGAAGCUAUUGGUGUUUCUAAGUAUCGACAAGAAUGAAGAAUUGCUGGGAAAGUUACUCGAGGAACCAAUGUGCAAACUAUGCCUCGUAAAGAUGUUGAGCAAGCACAUUUGUACAUCUUGCAUAAUACAAGUGAAGUUGAGCUAUAUUUAGAUGAACAUAAUGCCUUGAUUAAAGAGCAAAGUCCAAGAAGCUGAUUGUCCUAGGGUAGACAUGUGGAUUGUGAGCGAACAUAAUUGUAAUUUUAUUAGUUGGUUCAAAAAUAAAGUUCUUAAAGAUAAAAAUGUUUAUGAAACUAUACGAUGGUUAGCUGAUUGUCCUAGUAUGCAAGUCAUAUGUUAUACUGGAUAUGAUAUUAAUGAGUUUUUUUUUUAUACAAAAGAGCAAGAUGAAAUGAGCACUAUGCAAAACAGUGGAGUUUCUUUCGUUGCAAAUUCAAUGUAUUUCAGUAGUUCGAAAGAUAAAAAUAUUGUGAUUGCAGAGUUGUCAUAUAAUGGUGUGAUUGAAGAGAUAUGGGAGGUUGAUUAUGUUUAGUUUAGGGUGCCGAUGUUUUGAAAAGUGGAAAAGGGCAAGAAUGGAUCAGGAAAUAUUCGCAACGAAGCGACUAGAUUGGUCGUGGAAAAAAUUGAUUCUCUCACUUUGCAAGCUUCUCAAAAAGAAUUUGUUGAGACGGGUAGACAAGAUAUAUUGUCUAAUGCCAUAGGUACUAAUGAGCAUUGUGGACGUGUUAGAGCUAUGGGAAGAGGGCAUGGGUUAAAAAAGCUACUUUGGCCAUGCAAAAUGUCGUCAAAGCCAGACGCCUACACCAGAAGUUAAACAAAUGAUUAAAGCUGCAGUUAUUGAGGCAUUAGCCAGUCAAAAAAGGGAAAUGCAAGAGGAGUUUUCUAAACAAAUUCAAGCAAGCAUGGAUGAGAUGAGGAAGCAAUUUAGUUUGAUGCAGACUCCCAUAUCUCAAGCUGCACAAUCAAGGCGGGAAGAUGACAUAUAUGUAGAUGUCGAGCCACAAUCUCACAGUGAAAAAGCUAGUUCUCGAGACCCUUUUGCUGAGUUACCGGCUUUAGGAGCACGAUGCCAGUUGUAUUUGGAAGAUCCCGUUAGACGUGUAGUGGCAUUUGCGAUAGCUUACAAGGGUGAAAAGGUUCACGGGGUAGAAUUAAAUGUAGAUCAAGUGAAGGUAAACAUGGAUAAGAUUAUUGAUCCAAGAGCAAAGGUACCAUUCCCUACCGAUGAGGUUCAGCUAGUAGGUGCUGCAAUGCAUCACUUUGUCAUUUGGUCAAAGAAGCUGGUAGAGUUAUGUAGUCAAGCUGAUGAGGUGUCUAACGAAUUUCGUUUGGCAUCAAAGACCGCGUACGGCUUUUUAGAUCCGUAUUGCAUUCAACCAAAAUUAAUGACUAGAGAAGAACGAACAGGGUAUAUAAAUGUCACCAUGCAAUAUGGACCGAAAAAAAUGUUAUUUAGCCCCGUAUGUUUUAAAGCGAACCACGUGAGGACUUUAAAGACAUAGUUGAAACGUGUGUGAAAUCAACAUUAUAUUCGAAAGGAAA